UAGAAUAAAGGGGUGGUGGUGAACGCUCUUCUCUCUGUCGGGCAGGCUAUAUGCUUUUUAAAGGCGGACGGACGGGCAGACUGCCUUUUGUCUGUUCCUGGUUCCGGGGCCCGAGGAAGUUGAGGGCUACAGAGAUUUUGUGUGUCAGCCAGCCCCCCCUCUCUCUUCUACAAUGCAGAGUAGAGUACAGCCUUUCUCUCUCCUUCUCUCCCACAGCCUACUACACAGCAUGAAGGGCACAGGUCCCGUUGGGGAGACGGAGGACAAUAACUCCAGAGCUGAAGCCCUGGCUUCCAAAUCCCAGCUCCCGUCACUGUUUGCAUGAGAUUUGAAUAUCAUUUGCAGUGAGCAUGUCUGCAGAUUCGUUUGGCGCCGGGGGCAGCGAUGCCCAGCAGAGCCUACAGUCCUUCUGGCCACGCGUCAUGGAAGAGAUCAGGAACCUCACGGUGAAGGAUUUCCGCGUGCAGGAGUUGCCUCUCGCCCGAAUCAAGAAAAUCAUGAAGCUGGAUGAAGAUGUGAAGAUGAUCAGUGCGGAGGCUCCGGUGCUGUUUGCCAAGGCAGCUCAGAUCUUCAUCACAGAGCUCACGCUGAGGGCCUGGAUUCACACUGAAGACAACAAGAGACGCACCUUACAGAGGAACGACAUUGCCAUGGCGAUAACGAAGUUCGACCAGUUUGACUUCCUUAUCGACAUUGUGCCCCGGGACGAGCUCAAGCCCCCCAAACGACAGGAGGAGGUGCGUCAGUCGGUGGCCCCAGCAGAGCCGGUUCAGUACUACUUCACCCUGGCUCAGCAGCCAGGCCAGGUGCAGGGCCAGCAGGCCACUGGACAACAGGCUACCACCAUCCAGCCUGGACAGAUCAUCAUCGCACAGCCACAGCAAGGACAGGUGCUGCAGGGGACCACAAUGCAACAGUUACAGCAGGUGCAGGUAGCCCAGUCACAGGGCACACCUAUCACGGGAGGGGCUCCAAUGACCAUGCAGGUGGGGGACCAGCAGGUCCAGAUAGUACAGGCGUCGUCCCAGGGCCAGACCCAGACGGUGCAGUCAGGACAGACCAUGCAGGUCAUGCAGCAGAUAAUCACCAACUCCGCAGAGAUCCAGCAGAUACCAGUGCAGCUGAACAAUGGUCAGUUGCAGUACAUUCGGCUGGCACAGCCUGUCUCUGGCACACAGGUGGUUCAGGGACAGAUCCAGACGCUGGGUAACACUCAGCAGGUACAGAUUACACAGACAGAGCAAGGCCAGCAGCAAUUCAACCAGUUUACUGACGGACAGCAGUUGUAUCAGAUUCAGCAGGUGAUGCCGGCGGGACAGGACCUGAGCCAGCCCUUGUUCAUCCAGUCCACCAAUCAGACGGCCGAUGGACAGGUCACCACACAGGUCAGCACAGACUGAGGCUCUGGAAGCAUCCUCCUGACCCCCAGACCACCAAACCAUUGACCACACCACCUGCUACCAUCCAUAAGGACAACACUGGCUCAAACGCCAAGGGACCUCCUAGGAGGCGUCCAAAAUGGUCAAAAGUAGAGACCAAUAUAGGGUGCCAUUUGGGAUGUACCCUUACUCUCAUUCAAUACACUGGUCUAUGACAUGAUACUUAAAAGGGACUGUCUGACAACAACAGUUCUUUAUUCAGUAUACUGGGUCAGAUACCAAAGGGACUGUCUGACAACAACAGUUCUUUAUUCAGUAUACUGGGUCAGAUACCAAAGGGACUGUCUGAAAACAACAGUUCUUUAUUCAGUAUACUGGGUCAGAUACCAAAGGGACUGUCUGACAACAACAGUUCUUUAUUCAGUAUACUGGGUCAGAUACCAAAGGGACUGUCUGACAACAACAGUUCUUUAUUCAGUAUACUGGGUCAGAUACCAAAGGGACUGCUCUACAACUCCCUCUCAUUCCCAUUUCAUAUCGUCUCUCUCUGCCUCUGUUAGUUCCUCCAGGCACCCACUCUCACCUGAUACGUUCCCCAAAAAAGCCUCACUUAGUGCGCAUUCAUGAGAGCUACACACAGGGUAUCCGAACACUGAAUCCUCCAGGACCCAACUCUCCUCCGUUUUAGUGACCAGCUGUUCAUCCUCAAUGUCUGUAAACCCUUUAUGUACAAACCUCCUCUGUAUAUUCUCUGUCUCUCUGUGAAGUACACCGUAUGGGUGGCUCUUGUGUUCUCUAUGGGUGCGUCCCAAAUGGCAACCUAUUCCCUAUACAAUGCACUCAUUUUGACCACGGUCCAAAGGGUUUUGGUCAAAAGUAGUGCUCUAUAUAGGGAAUAGAAUGCAUUGGGAUGCAUCCUAUGGAAGGCAUGGCCCUUGUUUUGUCUACAAGCCAAGAGAACAUGAAUCCUUUGUAAUGUUUUUAAUGUGUAGACGUUUAAAAUAAUAAACUAUAAAGCCAUACUCUUACCUAACCCAUUUAAUUCACAAUAAAUCAUUGUCAAUUGUACGAAACCAGCCAUGAUAGGUCAAUUAAGUUAUGUUAGUUUCUCGCAGGUUUUUCACAUUGACGAGACAUUGCUAUCGAUGAAAGGGCUUCUAACUGAAUGAUUGAGUUUGAAUUUUGUAUGACCUGUGUGUGUGUGUGUGUGUGUGUGUGUGUGUGUGUGUGUGUGUGUGUGUGUGUGUGUGUGUGUGUGUGUGUGUGUGUGUGUGUGUGUGUGUGUGUGUGUGUCAUUCAAUAUUGUGCAGUUACUGCAGUAUACUUUCCCCAUGGCCCAGUGAUCCUAUUCACCUCUUCAGUGCCCCCUCUCUAUCUCUCCAUUCAUUUCCACUGAUCACUCUAUCAUUGUUAGAGCAGGGAGGGGUUAGGCCUUUCUGUCUCUAUGCAGUCUCUUCUUUCUCCCCUUCUCUCUUUUUCUCUCCCUUUACUUUUUUCUCUAUCCAGAGAGGUUUGUGGUUCUCCUGCCCUGCUCUGAGGAAGCCUCCUGUAUAAAACAACUCCACUGGAGGAAAGGCCCCUUUUAUAAACUCUUUUUUUGAAUACCUGUUGUAACUUGUCAAUGUUAAUUUGUUUGUAUGACUACCCCUCUCCCUCCUCCCCUUUCUUAUUUAGUUCAAUUGUUAUCAUUGUUGUUCUUAUUAUUGUCGAUUUGCAUGUCCUUUAAACUGCCAGCAUGAUAUGCAAUAGAUGGGUAGACAUUCUAUUUUGUGAGAAAAUAAAAUGCAAAUAAAAAACAUUACAUGCUA